AUGGACGCUAUCUUCAGGCAAAUCAAAGAUGAGUACGCCAGUGCCGACCAGAACGGCAAACGCCAGAUCCAAGGCUACAUUCGUGAGCUGCAGGUUGGCUUCUACUCAGACUGGGAUGUUGUGAUGCGCUUGAGCAGUGGUCCACUGCAAGUCGCCCUCACCAAAAUAGCAAUUGAUUUGGAUAUAUUCCGUAUCCUCAAGGAGAGUGAAAGGCCAGUGGCGCUGGCAGAAUUGGCGGAGAAGACUGGCGCUGCUCCUCGACUGCUUGGACGAAUCCUGCGCAGCCAGGCUGCUUUUGGUCUGAUCAAAGAGACAGGUCCGCAGGAGUACACGUCGAGCGCAUUCACGGACGUCUUCAUCAACCCCGAUGCAGCUGGGACGAUUGCACAACUAUUCGACAUCUCUGGUCCCUGCACUCAGGCUCUCCCCGAUUAUCUAGCCGAAUCUGGAUACAAAGAGAUCGUGUCGAACAAGGAAUGCCCCUUUCAGAAGGCAUUCAACACGAACCAAACGCUCUUCGAAUGGAUGCCGCAGCAUCCCAAACACAUGAAGUCCCUCGGUCAUCUCAUGGCUCUACAGCGCCCUGAGAUCUGGGUUGACCACUUUCCAGUCCUCGAGCAGCUAGGGGACUUCCCCAGCGCCGAGAAUACCUUAAUGGUGGAUAUCGGUGGAGGGUUCGGACAGCAGUCAAAAGCACUACGAGCCAAAUUCCCCGAUCUUCCAGGGAAGGUCAUUGUCCAGGACAUUCCACAGACGCUGGCUGCAGCCCAGCCAGCAGAGGGUGUUGAGUUCGUCGAGCACAACUUCUUCGAGCCGCAGCCAGUUCACGGCGCCAAAUUCUACUAUCUCAGGCAUGUCUUCCACGACUGGCCGGAUCAGCAGUGUAUCAAGAUCCUAAAGCAGAUUAUCCCGGCCUUGGGCCCCGAGUCGCGCAUCUUGAUUGACGAGGUAGUUAUCCCGGCUACCGGGGUGCCCUGGCAGGCGGCGUUUAUGGAUCUGCUGAUGAUGGACUCGCUGGGGGCUAUUGAACGCACGCGCGUAGAGUGGGAGGAGCUGCUUGGCCAGGCUGGACUGGAGAUUAUUGAGUCGUAUCAGUAUGACGGCAAGGAGCAGGCUAUUUUUGUCGUGGUGCCGAAGUAG